AUGGCGGCACCAGUACAUCCUUUGAAUGCAGAGCCUGAUAGGCUUCAAUUCGCCUAUUGGGUACCCAAUGUUUCUGGGGGGCUCGUCAUCAGCAAAAUUCCACAGAGAACCAACUGGGAUCUGCCGAGCAACAUCAGGUACGCCAAAGCCGCCGAGAAAGCUGGCUUCGAGUAUGGCUUGACUCAAAUCCGUUUUUUGGCUUCCUACGGUGCGACGCAGCAGCACGAAUCGGUUUCGUUCUCGCAAGCGAUAUUGGGCGCGACUGAUUCAAUUAAAAUCAUCGCCGCCAUCUUGCCUGGACCAUGGAACCCAACCGUGGCAGCUAAGCAGAUCGCGAGCAUCGACAACUACAGCAAUGGUCGCAUUGCUGUCAAUAUUGUCAGUGGCUGGUUCAAGCAGGAAUUCAUCUCAGUCGGCGAAUGGUGGCUGGACCACGCUGAGAGAUAUCGUCGCAGUAACGAGUUCAUCCGUGUGCUGAAGGGUAUCUGGACAUCACCAGAUGAUACGGGAUUCACUUUCCGUGGAGAUUUCUAUCGUUAUACCAACUAUAACCUGAGCCCGAAACCUGUUCAAAAGCCUCACCCUGAAAUCUUUCAGGGAGGCAACAGCGAUGAUGCCAGGAACAAUGCAGCAGAAGUCAGCGGCUGGUACUUCAUGAACGGCAACGACAUUGAAGGGUUCCGUGCCCAGAUCGAAGACGUAAAAGCGCGAGCAGCGAAAAACAACCACGAGGUCAAAUUCGCCGUCAAUGGUUUUGUCAUUGUUCGAGAGACCGAAGAACAAGCAGUGCGCGUUCUGGAAGAAAUCCAAGGCAAGGCCGAUCGAGAUGCUGUCGAGGCAUUUGGCGAGGCCGUGAAGCAAGCUGGUGCGAGCACCGGUAACAAACAGGGAAUGUGGGCGAAUAGCAAGUUCAAGGAUCUCAUCCAAUACAAUGAUGGAUUCAAAACAAAGCUCAUCGGCACCAAGGAGCAAGUAGCUGAACGGAUAGUCCUUCUGAAAAGCUUGGGUAUUGACUUGUUGCUUACUGCGUUCCCCCACUACGAAGACGAGAUCAUUCAGUUCGGAAAUGAAGUUAUCCCGCUCGUAAGGCAUUUGGAGAGGGAAGGAAGAGGGAAGGAUGCGGCUUUCGAAAUAGAGAGAACUGGGGUAGUCUAUAGCUCGUAA